GACGUGUCACGUAUCAAAACAAGCGUGCCUCUGUUCAUGGUUCUUACACAAAGUUAGCUUUGCAAUCAGAUGAUCAUAUUAAAUACACGCCGUCGUUCAAGUACAUGAUACAGUUGCAGUUUGCGUUUAUUACACAUUCAGUAGAAGCCAACAAACUUUCUCUGUUGCCAUAUUGUUUUUAAUGGCGUCCUGCGUAACAGAGUGGAUUAAAUCAUGUUCCAAUAUUAUGUUGUGUGCCACAGCACUGUACUCCUCUUAUAAACUCUUUAAGGACCACAGGGCUCCUUCAAUAGGCCUCCUGGUGCUUGGACUCUCUGCAGGACUCUCUGCAGGACUUUGCAUCUCACAUCCCUCCAGCUCGUUCCUCUCCUCCCUCCAGAAAGAAGCAGAGUGGGCUGGCGAGGUUCUGGCUCCAGCGCUGGUGUCCUUCCACUUCCUGUGGCUCAGCGAGGACCACAACACGGCACAUAUCCUCCUGUGUGGCUCCUGCCUGUUGCUGGGACUGUGUGACUGGCUCUCAGCAGAUGCCCUCACACUUUUGACUCGCUGCCUGGGCCUGUCGUCCCUGUCCUGUUGCCUGACUGUGUGUCUGUUUGCUGGUAAUGCUUUGGGAGCCCUGGGUGGUGUGGCACUCAGUCUACCAUUACUUGUUGCUCCAGGUGUAGGAACAAACUCUUUUGCCCCUCUCAUCUCUCCAUCUGCCACUGAGGGGAUGUUGAAGUGGCUUUUGAAAGGGUUCAUGUCCAUAGGCUGUUUGGCUUCAACGCAAGCCCUCGACAAGUUUCUGUUGGACUUGACUGACCGAUGUAACUUAAGCAUUUAGUAAACUAGUAGAGAACUGUAUGAUCUAUUAGGAUCUGUGUUCAUUUGCACUGUGUCAAAUGCUACUAU